AUGCAUAGCCAUAACUAUCGUCUUCCACAACCAUUCAAAGAUCAGGUUGUUGUGGUUAUUGGAAGCUCUGCAAGUGCUGUUGAUAUAAGCAGAGACAUUUCCGGAUUCGCCAAAGAUGUUCAUGUGGCUUCUUGGUCAAAUCCAGCUGAUACUUUUAUCAAGCAGAACGGUUACACUAACAUAUGGAUGCAUUCAAUGUAUCACUUUCCGUUUCUUGAAACCAAUGGAGAAGUUACUGUUGAUGAUAACUGUGUUGGGCCAUUGUACAAACAUGUCUUCCCUCCAGCGUUAGCACCGUCGCUCUCCUUCGUCGGGAUACCAUAUAAGGUUUUACCAUUCCCUAUGUUUGAGCUGCAAAGCAAGUGGAUCGCGGGUGUUUUGUCGGGUCGAAUCAAGCUUCCUUCGAAGGAAGAUAUGAUGGUGGAAACCAAAACCAUGAAGGCCACAUUUGAAGGCUUGGGGAUUCCUAAGCGAUUUACACACUGUUUGGGGAUUGACCAAUUUGAGUACUAUGAUUGGUUGGGUUCACAAAUUGGGUGCUCAGGAACAGAGGAGUGGAGGAAAGAGAUGAGUUUGCCUAUCUUCAUGAGGAAGAUGAAACAUCCGGAGAGUUAUAGAGACGAAUGGGAAGAUCAUCACUUGGUUGCUCAAGCUUACCAAGAUUUCUCUUUGUAUAUAUCACCCAAAAGAUGA